GCGCAUGCGCCCCUCCGGCGGCCCGUGGCGGGGCGGGGCCGUGGGCGGGCGGCGGAGCCGGCGGCUAUGGCGGUGCUGCUGGAGCACGAGCGCCAGAUCUUCCUGGACCUCUUCCACUGCGACGGGCUGGUGGUGUGCGCCCGCGGGCUGGGCAUCGACCGCCUGCUGCUGCGCUUCCUGCGCCUCUACAGCGAGCCCGCCAGCCUGGUGCUGGUGCUCAACACGAGCCCCGCCGAGGAGGAAUUUUUUAUUGAUCAGCUGAGGUCAGAUGGAGUUGUUCAUCUUCCUCGACGUGUUACCAAUGAAAUUACAAAUAAUAUUCGAUAUGAAUUUUACACACAAGGAGGUAUCCUCUUUGCAACAAGUCGAAUCCUUGUGGUCGAUUUCCUCACUGACAGAAUUCCUGCAGACCUCAUUACUGGCAUUUUGGUAUACAAAGCACACAGAAUCAUUGAGUCCUGUCAGGAAGCAUUUAUCUUGCGACUUUAUCGCCAGAAGAACAAGCAAGGCUUCAUUAAAGCUUUUACAGAUAAUGCAGUUGCGUUUAACACUGGUUUUUGCCAUGUGGAAAGAGUGAUGAGAAAUCUUUUUGUCAGGAAACUCUAUCUGUGGCCAAGAUUUCAUAUAGCUGUGAACUCAUUUUUAGAGAAGCAUAAACCUGAAGUGGUAGAAAUACAUGUGUCGAUGACUCCUGGUAUGCUUGCUAUCCAGACUUCAAUACUGGAUAUUUUGAAUGCAUGUUUGAGAGAACUCAAACGUUAUAAUCCAGCUCUUGAAGUAGAAGAUCUAUCUUUAGAAAAUGCUAUUGGUAAACCUUUUGACAAGACAAUACGUCACUAUUUAGAUCCUCUUUGGCAUCAGCUUGGAGCUAAGACCAAAUCUUUAGUCCAGGAUUUGAAGGUACUACGUACUUUGCUGCAAUAUCUAACUCAGUAUGAUUGUGUCACCUUCCUUAAUCUUUUGGAGUCACUGAAAGCAAGCGAAAAAGCCUUUGGUGAGAAUUCAGGUUGGCUGUUUCUUGAUUCUAGUACUUCAAUGUUUGUAAAUGCUCGAGCCAGAGUUUAUCGCAUUGCAGAUGACAGACUGAAUAAAAAAAGCAAAGUUUCUGAAAACAAUGAUGUAAAGAAGGAAAAUGAACUGAAAAGGGAAUUGGUUCUAGAAAGUAACCCAAAAUGGGAAGCUUUACGGGAAGUAUUGAAAGAAAUUGAAAAUGCGAAUAAGAACAGUGAAGAUCUUGGUGGUCCAGGACAAGUACUUAUUUGUGCCAGUGAUGACCGAGCUUGCGCGCAACUCAAGGAAUAUAUUACUGUUGGAGCAGAAGCUUUUUUAAUGAGACUGUAUAACAAAACCUUUGGAAAGGACGAGAAGGCCGGAGAAGUGUGGAUUAAGGAUAGAAAAGAUGUCAAGUCCAAAGAAAGUGCCAGACCAGACACAGGAACUCAAGCCAAAAAAGCCAAGCUCAAGGCUUCUUCAAAAGAAAAUAAACACAAGAAUCAGCAAGACCGGACUUUAACCCAAAUGAUAGGGAAAACUGAGGGGGAAAACAGAAAGGAGUUGAAGGUGGAAGAGUGCAAAGAAUUAAGCAGUAGCCAAGAAAACAGUAUUGAAGAGACCAUUUCUGAAGAUUUCCAUAUUAACUUACCCUCAGAUUCUUACUAUGGUAUCUUCAAAACACCUCUCACGAUUAUUCAUCCCUUACAGGGUUGCAGUGAUCCCUAUGCACUCACUCGGGUAUUGCAUGAAGUAGAACCGAGAUAUGUUGUAUUAUAUGAUGCAGAACUAACUUUUGUUCGGCAGCUGGAAAUCUACAAGGCAAGCAGGCCUGGAAAGCCUUUGAGGGUUUAUUUCCUCAUAUAUGGGGGCUCAACAGAAGAACAGCGCUAUCUUACAGCUCUGAGAAAGGAAAAGGAGGCCUUUGAGAAACUCAUUCGAGAGAAGGCCAGCAUGGUGAUUCCUGAAGAGAGAGAAGGAAGAGAUGAAACGAACUUGGACCUAGUACGAGAUGCUACACCUGCAUCUGUUUCUGUUGACACACGCAAAGCAGGUGGACAAGAACAGAAGAGUACUCAGCAAACUGUAAUAGUGGACAUGCGGGAAUUUCGUAGUGAGCUUCCAUCACUUAUUCAUCGUCGUGGCAUUGACAUUGAGCCUGUUACUUUGGAAGUUGGAGAUUACAUUUUAACUCCCGAUAUCUGUGUAGAGCGGAAAAGUAUCAGCGAUCUUAUUGGUUCGCUAAAUAAUGGAAGACUGUACACACAGUGCAUUUCUAUGUCCCGUUACUAUAAGCGACCAAUUCUCCUGAUUGAAUUUGAUCCUAACAAAUCUUUCUCCUUGAUUCCACGAGGCUCUCUACAUCAAGAGAUUUCCAGUAAUGAUGUUACUUCUAAACUAACCCUUCUUACGCUCCAUUUCCCUAAGUUACGUAUCCUGUGGUGUCCCUCUCCUCAUGCUACCGCUGAACUGUUUGAAGAAUUGAAACAAAACCAUCCACAACCUGAUGCAGAAACAGCAAUGGCUGUCACAGCAGAUUCUGAAGUUCUUCCUGAGUCAGACAAGUAUAACCCUGGUCCUCAGGACUUUCUAUUAAAAAUGCCGGGUGUUAACACAAAAAACUGCCAUGUCUUAAUGAACCAUGUUAAAAGCAUUGCAGAGCUAGUAACGCUGUCAAAGGACAAACUUUCCCAAAUUUUGGGUAAUGCCAUCAAUGGCACGCAACUCUUUGACUUUAUUCACCUGACCUACAGCGAGGCAAUAUCUCAAGGGAAAAACAAAAGAUGACUAAUGGGAUUGUCCAGCAUAAGCCAUAGUAAAGCAUUUUUUCACAAUACUUUGGCAGAGUACAUAGAAUAUUUUAAUAAAUGCCUUCUGAGGUAACCAGCUAUUUCUUACUACAAUGCUGUUCCAUCAGUUUUAACAUUUGAGUUAACAGUUACUGAAGGCAAGUUUCAUGGGGAAAAGUUAAAUUGCUUUUAAUGGAGAAAUGCAUAUGAUUUUUAUUCUUUCUACAGCACUUUAACCAAUUCUAUAGUAACACUGAAUAAACUAAAUGAAGUUCAUCAUCAAGCCCAUUAGGAUUAAGUGCUAAGACUAAUUGAUUGAAGUGUUUUCUUUAGAGACAUAUGAUGUCUUGUUAAAGCUAAAAAUGUUCAACAUUUGAUUAAUGCGUGACCUUCUGCGUGAUACAUCACUCUGCUUUUGCCAUAUUUUACUUGUUUUUAUUAACAUGUUAUUUUCUGGAAACUGCCAAUUUUCCAUUGACAGUGAUGGAUCUGUUUGAAAUGCAUGUUUACUUUACUCGCAGAAGUUGUUGGGUUUUUUUGUUUUUUUUGUUUUUUUUUUUUUUUUUUUUUUUUGAUGCUCCAGAGUCAGUACAUCUCUGUCUUGGUAGAUUUUGCAAAGUGCAUUCCUUUGGUCUAAACUAGAUAGAGAAUCUGCAUUAGCGCAAUACAUCUUAAUCUCACAGUGCCUUAUUUAUAUUUCUAAGAUAUUUUCAUACCGGUUUUGAUACCUCUUUCACUGCACUUACUUGAAAGUCAAAAUCUAGAUAUACCAUUGGGACUAUUCUUUUUAUAUCAGAGCAUAUUUUCUCUCAUAUAAGACAGUUGUUUUCUAUAAAGUAAGGUUUUUCCAAAAGUAUGAAAAGUUCUUACAAUCUUGCCGCCUUUCUGUGUCCUAUUGCACUUGCAUUUUACUAUCUUUAUAGAUAGACCAUCUGUCAAUGAAUUCAGUAAAACUGUUGUCACCUAGAAGAUAACUUCUGGCAUUCUAUUGGUCAUAGAACGAGAAAAAAGAAUCUUUCUUUGAUAGUUUGUGAAUGUGUGUGUUGUUAAAAAUGUUUGUAUUCUACACUGAACUUUGAUAUGACAACUACAUAACAAGCUGCCUUUGCCAAAAGGAUUGAUCCUGUCUCUAGUCAUUAUAUGCUAAUGUAUUUAUGUUAUAUAUUUACAAAAUCUUUAUUAUAAGUGUGUGUGUAUAAAUAUAUAUAUGUGCAAGUGAAUGCAGGUAAGAUUCUAAUGCUAACAACAGAUCUUUGUGUACACCAUUACAGAAGAAAGUAUUUAUUUUCUGCACUUGAGUUCAGGAAAACUACUGUGCACUCAGGUUUAAUGUUUUCUGCACAUUUUAAGUGUGAAUAAAUGGAUUACAAAUUUGUUAAUUUAGAGUCUAAGACUCUGCUAUGACAGACUUCCAAAAUGAACAUUCUUCUGCAGAUAUCAGCAUUAAAUACAUCUAUAACAAAAUCUUUAACAUUAUUGUCAUUAGGCAUAUAUCUUGUUCCUCAUUUGCCUGUAUUGAUAUCAGAACAUUUUUAUGUCUAGUGUGUGAUUUAUAAUCCAGAGCUUAGGGUUUUUGUUGCUUUAUAUUACAAUUUAUUUCCUUCAACAUAAGAGGAAGUCUUUCCCUGAGGCUUUCACUUACGUAAAGCAGUAAGGUCAGAAAUGCUUUGUGUCGAUAAUGCCUGUAAAGUGGUGAGAGAGUGAAGAAUCGUAUGUUUUUCUUUAGGCAAAGAACAUAGCUGUCCUGAAUGAAUGUUCCAUAGAGUGUUUCAGAAAAGGAGAGCUGAACAGCCUUCCAAAACAUGUGGUGUUCAUGUAUUUGCAUCAUUAAAAUGUUACGUGAACUGUUUCUCAGGUGUGCUGCAUGUCAGUUAUGUCAGUUUGUUUUUGUCUUAAAUUUGUGUAAGGUGAAAAUGAAAGGUAUAUAAAGAAAUUAUAAGGUUGUAGCUUCAUGUUGUAUACUAGAUAAAAGUCAUACAAUGCAAUUAAAUAAGUAAUAUGUGCUAAA